AUGUUUCAAGUAUUCAAGAAAAGAAAAGCUAUUUUCCUCUUAGGUUUUACAACAGUGACAUUUCUUAUUAACAUUUACGCUUACACGUCCACAAGGCAUAGAAAUGUUGUCAACAUCAAAGCACAAAGUCUUGAAAACAAUGGUUCUAGAAAACAAACUGCUUCGCACAACUUUACAAUAACAAUAAAUUGGACCAAUGUUAAUGGGACUAUUAAAAACGAAAGUGUACAAAAUGAUUCAUUGCGAGAAACGUAUAGACCUACGACACAGCUAACUACUGCUUUAGUCAGUACUGGUCAUGAAGAGGCUAAAAGUGUGUUCAAUACGUUCGGCUUUAUGUACAAAAUAGUUCCAAUAGUUGAUUGCUCCACUUCAGAACUGGUCAUCUGUGUGGACGGGAGUAGAAGCAAUAAUCAUACAAGACAGACCAUAAGAAAGACUUGGGGCAGCUACGCCACUGUCAGUAGCAACAAAGCUGCUUUAAUCUUUUUUCUUGGCUCUGAACAUCCUUCAACGAGCGGUUCUCAAUCUGUACAGCAUUUCAUUGAUAAAGAAGCAGAGCUGUAUGGAGACAUACUGCAAGAAGAUUAUAUUGAUGACUAUAAAAACUUAACAUUUAAAACACUAUCGAUUCUGAAAUGGGUGACUUCACGAUGUCCAGGAAGUCAAUUUGUCCUAAAAGCAGACGAUGACAUGUAUGUAAAUGUCCCAUUGCUGGUACAGAACUUAAACAAUAUAUCUCAGACUAAAGGAAAAGGUUAUCCGUUUGUUGUUGGCUAUGUCUUUUACAAUCCUCAGCCAAUUAGAAAUCCAGCAUCCAAAUGGUAUGCAUCAGAGAGUCAGUAUACUGAAAAAACCUAUCCCAGAUUUACUUCCGGUACAGCCUACGCCAUGACAACUUCCGCUGCCAAACUUCUCUACAAGGCCUCUCUAGAUGUCCCAUUUUUUUGGUUAGAGGAUGUCUACGUCACAGGGCUAUGCGCUAAAAAAGCCAAUGUUGAGGUCAUCCACAAUAACUUAUUUUUCAACGGGAAACGUAAUCCGACAGGAUGUACUUUCCAGAACACAAUCACAGGCCACUCGUAUACAACAGCUGAAAUGGAACGUAUCCACCAGCAACUCUUUAACAUCACCAUUAAAUGUCACUAGAUGGUUGGAAAAGCAUUACAUCUUGCCACAGAACACGACAAUUAACAUAGCAAGGAAGAUUAUUAUUGUUUGUGACGUAGGCCUAAUACGAAAACAAGUAAAGUAUAUACAAAACAACAACAACAACAUACUAAACACUUAUUUUCUUUAAAAAGACAAUACCACAUUUGUAAAUAGAAGUCUAAUUUCAUAAAGUGCUGGUUGUGUGUAUAUGUUUCGCGUGUGAAUGUUGUUCGUAUUUGCAUCUAUAUUGUUAUUGUUACAGUAGUUACGCUUA